CAGAGGCAAAACGUAACGUAGGUGCGUCUGGUUCCCAGGCAUGUGCCGUCAUAAUCCUGCAGAAGCUUGUGGUAUACUCGGCGCGGAAGCUAACAGCAAGUCGCAGGGCCCGGGCGACAGAAAGGCAUUCCAGAGUGGACAUUCGAGAGGGUAUAAUCCCCGCAUUAUAGCCCACAGCACCCCUGUUUGCAUGCAGCAGGGCUGACUGGUGGAGCGAGAGGGAGAGGAGAAAAAAAAGGGCAGGCGACCGUUGAGACGGGCGGACGGGAAAGGAUUGCGUCUUUCGCGAGGGGAGGGGGCCAAGCGAAAUUGGAGUCAAAGAUGGGGCGUGCCGCUGCCGACGGCUUCGAAAAGGGUUCCAGAAGAGAUCGCGCACGACAUUACCAUUUUAGAGCGCUACGCUAUGCGACUGACAUGAAGCAGCCUUUUCUUCUCGCUCUGGCUGCGGCAGCACUACUGCACGUCGUUUCAGCGAGUGCGGAUCAUCCUUCCCGCCACGAUCAAGCAGCGCGCACCCUCGAUCGCAUGGGCGCAGGUGGGCAUGGAUUGCGUGCCUACGUUAGAGGCGUGAUAUGUGUGUGUGGGCCUCUGGAGAGGGUGGUGCGAUGCGAACCUAAAUCACAAACCCUAACGUCGAACACAUGCUUUCGGGUGAGAUGUACCCGACCUAUGAAGGACGGCCGUUGCAGGCAAGCCGCGUUGCAGGCGAAGAGGAACGACAACCAUGCGACAUACUCGCUACCGCCGCCUUCUGCCGACAUAUCACCAGUCAAAAGCCCAUACCAGCGUCCGGGUCGCGAGCCAGUGUGGGCCGAGAAGCUCAAAAACCCACCGAACGCUGCUGCGUGCUCGCUGCGAACCGGCUUUGCGUGAUGGCAUGCGGCUAGGUUGCAUUUGCCUGCACCCUCUACCCCAUGCAGGGCAGUUCCAGCCAAUGCUGUAAAGCGCUGGGCGGCGCCAUUUAAUUAACCCUGGAAAUUCAGCAUGUUCGAUAGACACGUUCAUAUCCAGGGCUUGGCAUAUACAUGACGAUGGACCUAUAGCAGCCUCACAUAUACCCUUCGGUCCAAACUCUACUCGACAAUGCCUGGUUAUUACGCAGUGCGAUCCCACACCUUUGGUCCUUGCCUAUAUUCGCCGUGUUCCAAAGUUUAUGUCGCGACAUACGAACUCGAGCCGAUGAGCUAGUCGACGCUCUUGAUGAUCAAGGA